AUGAUCCCCCACUGCUCCUCCAUCCAAUGUCCCACUGACCAUCCUUCUUUCAAACAGAUCUCCUUUACAGAAAAGGGCUCAGAUGAGAAGAAACCGUUCAAAGCAAAAGGCAAGACCCCCUCCUCCCACUCCAGUGAGAAGCACACGGAAAGGCAAAGUUCAGAGCCCAAUCUAAAUGAAGAGAAGAAUUCUGAGAAAAUUAAGCUUAAAGCCAGAAACAGCACUGCUAGGUCAGAAUCAGAGUCGAGCUCACAUGAGGAAAAUUUCAAGAAAAUGAAAAUCAAUUCCAAGGACAGCUGCCAAGACAGUGCAGGGAACUGUUCAGGAGAGGAGUGCAGCUUGAUGUUGAAAAAGAAACCAAAGUCCUCCACUGCUUUGCACAGCAGUGAAAUCCAGGAGACCUGUGAUGCCCACCACAGAGGGCCUUUCAUGGUUUACACUAGGUGUAGCAAGUGGCACAGUUAA